GCCCCGUAAGCAAGAAACACCGUUAGCCAAUCGUAGCGAUAGAGCCUUUCGGUCCGAAAGCUAUAGCAGCGAUAGUCUCCCAACUAACGUGGUAAGCAGGGACACGCCGAUAGAGCUCCACUAGCUUUCGGCGCGGGAAGGCAGUUCUAUAAAUAGCUUCCGAGGAGGCCCGAUUUUCAUGCGUUACUGCGCAUGUGUUUGUUUUGAAAGAAGCGUGUUUCCUUUUCCUCCUCGACCCUGUAGUUGCCGAGAAAUGGAAGCAAAGCGUCUGCGCAAAUCAAAUUUCAGUGAAAUGGAAAUCAAAAUAUUGCUUCAUGAGAUAUCCAUGGAGAGUGAACUUCUUUCCAGCUGUUUUUCCAAUAAAGUAACGUUGCAGAAAAAACAAGAAAUCUGGAAAAACAUUGCAGCCAAAGUGUCAGCAUGUGGGGUGGCCGUUCGGACGGUUGCAGAGAUAAAAGAUAAAUGGGGUCUCCUGAAGCGAACAACACUUCAAAAAAAAAGGGAUGCAUAUAAAACAGGUGGUGGCAAGGGAAUGCCACCACCUGAAUACGAAGAUACUGUUGUUGCCAUCCUUGGCAACAACACUAGUCUGAUCAAUGGUAUUGCAGGGAAUGCUACAGAUUCGUUUGUGGCAGGAUUAGAAGAAACCCAGCCUUCAGUCUCAAAGAGUGAAGGAGUGACAGAGGAAAUAACUCAAAGUGUGAGACCCCUGACAACAGAAUCUGCACCCUGCUUAAACAACAGUUUGACUUGCAACAAAGAAAAUGAGUUUUCAAGUCCCUCCACAUCAUUGGCAGACCUAUACCCGUCAACACCACUGUCCAUGGACAACCGGGAAACCUUUGGAAUAAAAAAAAAAAAGAGUCAGCAAAGGAGAUGAGAGCAACAACUCACGAAAAAAUAUUUGAAAGAACGAACAGCAGAGUCUUUACUACGGCAACAAAAAAUAGGACUACAAAUAAAAAAACUUGAACUGGAAGUCUGGCUGCUGGAAGCUGAAAAAAGAAAGAUAGAGAAAGAGAUGAAUGAUAAUUAAGCUGUACUGCCAGUGUGUGCAUUUUUUAUAUAUUGGAGUGGAUGUGUAUGCAGUUUAAUUUUUUUUUUUUUUUGAAUUAUGUCCUUGUUCUUAGAAUGUGCAUCUCUAAAUCUGUUGUUUAUGUGGUGUAUAUUUGUUUUUUUAAUCUUGUCUAGAAAUAAAAGAUGUCAUAAGCACCAAA